AUGACCGAGGAUUUUGGAUUCAAAGUGCCGAAAAAUAUAACUAAGCUCAGCUUAUCCAAUUUCGAUGUAAACCAAAACACGUUGAACAUCUUAAGCGAGUACCUUCAAACAGAAGAAAGUGUUAUUAGUGAACUAGUAUUCGACGGUAUAAAUUUAUCGAAUAUGAAUUAUUUAUGUUGUAUUACGCCAAAUUCCAAAGUAAACAAAUUAUGGUUGAGUCGUUGUCAGCUUAAAGACAAAGGAAUUGAAGACCUUAUCACUGUUUUGGAUGAAACAAAUAUAAAAACACAGUUGAAUUCAUUGUAUUUGGAUCGUAAUGGUAUAACAUGUAAAGGAGCAAGACAAAUAGCACAGAUUUUAAGAACUAACAGGACGUUACAAUCGCUUUCUUUAGCUAGCAAUUUAAUUAAAGACGAAGGUAUACUUGCUAUAAUGAAUGUUUUGUCAAAAUUUGAUCUCGACGAUUACGAAACGGAAUGGAAAUUUAAAUAUGAACAACGAAGAAAAAGACUCGUAGAAUAUUUAGUAUGUUUAAAUAAUUAUAACAGUAAAAAUGAUGGCAAUGUCGAUAAAAUUAUGUUGGUAGUUAAUAUGUAUUGUAUAGUGUUAUGCACAAAUAUGGAUACUAUAAGUUGUAUCGAAUUAGAAAAGGAACAAAGAAGUGUUACGAUUAAUCCUACUAUUAAUAGCUCAAUAAUAUUAACUGAUGAGGAUAACUUAAAACAGAAAGCUGAAAAAUUACUUAUCUCACCCACACAUCCUUAUUUAACAGACCAAUUAUUAAGAAGUGGUUCAAGUUUUCACUGUCUGGGCAAUUUUAAAAUUGAAUAUCUGAACAUUUCAUAUAACCGCUGUAGCUCAAAUGUUUUAAGUUUUAUAGAACAGGUACUUCAAUAUCAACAAAACAUUUGUUUACCUGAAGAAGGAAUAAAAGAUUUAAAAAUUGAGAAGUUCAUUGAAAGAUAA